CAGAGCUGGGACGCAUCAAGAGGCGGGACAGGCGGAUAUCGUAGUGAUCACUGCCGGGGCGAAGCAGAAGCCUGGUAAGCUUGUUCUGUGCAGCCAGUCUUUCACCGCACACGACUUCUGACUCGAAUCUACUUGCAGGUGAAUCGCGCCUUUCUCUCCUCAACAGGAACCUUCGCAUCCUCUCUUCCAUCUUCACAUCAAUGUCACCCAUAUCGCCCCACACAAUUCUGCUUCUUGUCGCCAAUCCCGUAGAUAUCCUGACGUACUUCGCCCGUAAGCUUUCCGGUCUUCCAGAAUCACAAGUCCUCGGUACAGGUACGAGUCUGGACUCUGCCCGUCUCCGUGGCAUCCUGGCGCAGAAGGCCCAAGUCAGCCCGAGCAGCAUCGAUGCCUAUGUGCUCGGAGAGCACGGCGAUAGCCAAUUCGUUGCGUGGAGCAACGCCAGCAUCGGAUCAACACCACUACGUCUCGCAUUGUCGGAUCAGCUGACCGCUGAGUUCAAGGCUGACAUCGAAAGUCACACGCGCGGUGCAGCCGGUGCUAUCAUCGCGGCAAAGGGAUGUACCGCUUAUGGCAUCGGAAAUGUAUCUGCCAGCAUCUGCAAGUACAUCUUGUUCGACAGCCGUACAGUGCGCCCACUCUCAUUCUACCAACCCAAUCUUUCCUGUUGCCUUAGCAUGCCAGCUGUUAUUGGCCGCAAGGGUAUAUUGCGUGCGAUGCCAAUUCAAUUGGAUGGGGACGAACAGAAGUUGCUGGAAGACUGUGCAGCUGGGCUGAGAGCCAUUAUUGAGGGUGCAGAGAAAGAACUCCUAGCGGACGAUGAGCUAAGGCAUGCACUUGAAAAGCAUACGUAAUGUUUUCUAUGAAAGCU